AUGACGGAGGUCGACGGAUAUGAGGAGAGCCACAACGGCGAUGAGAGCGGAAUGACCGGGCCCGGCGCGCCCACACCACUUACCGCUCUAGAGGGAGUCGCUGGCUUAACAAAGCGGGAUAUCCAGCUUGUUGUUGAUGGCGGCUACAACACAGUAGAAUCGGUCGCGUAUACCCCGCGUCGAGUACUGGAGCAGAUCAAGGGUAUCUCCGAGCAGAAAGCCUCAAAAAUCCUUGCUGAAGCCUCCAAACUCGUACCAAUGGGCUUUACGACCGCCACUGAGAUGCACCAACGGCGAAGCGAGCUCAUCUCUAUCACGACAGGCUCCAAGCAGCUAGACACACUUCUUGCUGGUGGUAUUGAGACCGGAUCAGUGACCGAGCUGUUUGGAGAGUUUCGUACUGGAAAGAGCCAGAUUUGCCACACACUAGCCGUUACCUGUCAACUUCCUUUUGACAUGGGUGGCGGUGAGGGCAAAUGCAUGUACAUUGACACCGAAGGCACAUUCCGACCGGUUCGUCUGCUUGCCGUCGCCAACAGGUUUGGCCUUUCUGGCGAGGAGGUGCUGGACAACGUUGCUUACGCUCGCGCCUACAACUCAGAUCACCAACUGCAGCUUCUCCAGCAAGCCGCCGCGAUGAUGUGUGAGACACGGUUUUCGCUGCUCAUCGUUGAUAGUGCGACAGCCCUAUACAGAACCGACUUUCUUGGUCGUGGGGAACUAUCAUCUAGACAAACUCACCUUGCAAAAUUCAUGCGCACUCUGCAGAGGCUUGCUGACGAGUUUGGUAUUGCUGUUGUUAUUACAAAUCAGGUUGUUGCGCAGGUUGACGGUGGACCGAGUGCCAUGUUCAACCCUGACCCGAAGAAACCUAUCGGCGGUAACAUUAUUGCACACGCCAGCACGACAAGAAUCAGCUUGAGAAAAGGCCGUGGAGAGACCCGGGUUGCCAAGAUUUAUGACAGUCCCUGCUUACCAGAGAGUGACUGUCUAUUCGCGAUCAACGAGGAUGGCAUUGGAGAUCCAAGCCCAAAGGACUUGGAGAAGGACUAA